GAUUAUAGUACAUGUAUAUGUUAAAUUGUUGCGAUAAACUUUGCAAAGUGAAUAUUCUGUUGAGUGUAAUGAACGGAUCGUUUGUAUUAUUCUCUUUUGUCCUGACUGUGACAAUAAAUUGGACGACAGCUUUACUGUGUUACUCAUGCACGGAUUUGAAAAGCAAUGAGGAAUGUUUUAAUGUUACAACAUGUCCCGAUGGGGAGUUAUGUUACGGGAGAGAAGAUGGCUUUGGAUCAGGGGAAGUGAAACACACUACUGGAUGUACGAAGGAACUUAAGCCUAUAAAAAGACAGGAUUCAACAGGUUUUACAUUCUGUGCCAAGUCAUGCCAAGGAGAUUUAUGUAAUUUAAGAAGCUGUCAACUAGGUAACACUACGAGACCACCGCGUUGUUUGUCAUGUGUUUUUGUUAACUCACCCCAAGAUUGUCAAAAUAUAGUUGAAUGUAAAGCCAACGAGGUAUGCUAUACAGAAAAGUACACUACAUUUCAAAACACAAAGUACAGAUUUGGUUGUGUCAGUAAAAUGGACUGUGACGAGCACCCAGUUGCCUCUACCACCACAAUAAUAGGUAGGAGAAGUGGCACCGACAAAUGUUCCGUCUGCUGCAAGAAUGAUCAUUGUAACAUAAAUGCUUGUAGUCAACAAACCAAAGGACCAGUGUUUCAUCUUAAAUCAUUGUCCGCUGGAGUUCCAUGUACAGAUACAGACACUGUAUUGUGUUCCGCGCUUGGUAGACUAAACACAGAUGCGUGCAAAGAGUCUUCUGUUUUCAAACUGUGCCUGAAGUCUUGUGAAGCAUGCGGUAAUUCAUAAAUAUAUAUAUAUAAU